GCCACCACGCGCCAUGUCAGCAACUCAUCCCCAUCCACGUAGGACCCACUCAUCGCUAAUGAAUCAACGGCCAAGAUCAAAAGUCUCAGCGUGUUACCCUUUUAAAUUCCUUUUAAUUCACCUUAUUUUCGCGUGUAAAACUCGUGGAAACCCCCCCAAGUCCACGUUCUUUUUUGCUGGACCUCGUGGCAGUUUCCUCACUGAACACGCCAUGAAUUCCCUACAUCAAACUCCACCGUAAUCACCAGAACUCCACCAAUCCCAUUCGACACCAAGACAACGUGAGGGUAAGAUCGUCAUUUGAAAUGAGAAAUGAAGGCGGUUGCACGGAAAUAAAAUGAUGCGUAUUACAGAGAAGCAUAACAAAGUCGGAAUUCCGAGUGGUGGAAGAAGACCCGAAGCCGACGAGUUUAAGACUACCGGGACUUCUCUCUGAUCAAAAUCAGAACAAAAAAAGCAAACCAAACUUGACCAUUUAAAUGCCAACAAAUUUCUAGUUUCGUUUUCGAGUUGCGCGAUUGGUUUGAUCCUUUUCGGAACUGAAUUUAAUCCCUUCGAUUUAUCCAGUCUCGUUGCCUCCACCACGCCGUCUGCUUCAACCACAAUCGUUUUCAAUCGAAAAGCAAUUCCAAGAAGGGAAGGCCAUCGUCUUCCCCAUCGGCCAAUUGCUAAUUUAUUGUUUUUGCCAAUCCGCUGCAGAGUUCCAGAUAUCAAAUGGCUUCUUUAGGAAUUCGAUGUGGAGGAAAUUGCGGUGUAUUAGACCGUCGUUAUGUGAAUGUUCACGACGGAUGUGAUCAGAAAGCAUGCCCUCGUUCUUUGGCGGUUUCCACCGGAGGAUUGAGGAAAUCGAGCAGUUCCGUUUCUACGAUGAAGAGUUUGCAGCCGGUGAUUCGCCAUGUGAAGGAGAGAACAGACAGCAACGAGGUGAUUUCUCGCGAUAAGUUCGAUGAAUGGAUGAAGGAAUCGGUAGUUAACAUUGUAAAAAAUCUUCGAGAAGCGCCUCUGUUUCUACGAGUUUACACGACGGAUGAGGACGGCGAAGCGGCGAGAUUCGAAACGGAGAAGGCGGUGGAGGAAGAUCGUUGGCCGAUCUUAGAGAAGCAAUGGAAAAGCGGAUCGGCGCCGACGCCGGAAGGCAUCAUGUUCGUUGAAGAGCUUGAAGACGAGGAUUACGAGGACGGCGAGUCGAAAGCGUGGGGGAUUGUAAUACAAGGUAGAGGCGUUGAACGUGGUGCGCCGGUUUGUUACCUGUUGAAGACGAGUAGAGCGGCGGGGCUAGGGAUGUGGUGCACGCAUUUCUGUCUGGUUAGGGUUAAGAAUUUCAGAGAGACGACCAAAUCGCAGCUUCAGAAUUGUUGGUUGGUGCAGAAUCAGUAAGAGAUGAAGCAGAUGCGGUUGCUACACUCAUAAUUCCAAUUCAAUUCAAUACGUAAUAACACACACUUGUGAAGUAAUAAUGGUUCAUACAAUUUUUAUUUC